UUUCCUAGUGCGGAAACGCAUGAAUUGUGGAGACGCAGCCGUCAUGGCCUACGUUUACAAACAAAAUGUAGAUAAAUAGAUCCACCUCCUCUCGGGGAGGGAGGACAAAAACUGCUGAGCUCUGCAGUCUCCAGGCGCGCACACACACUGUCCAUCCAUGGGGAUUGUGUCUCUUUAAAAGGCUAUGCCACCCAUGUAAUCUAGGGGGCAGGUCUGUCUUCCGUAGCCAGCGACUGCAGAGCUUCGCGUAGUCCAAGCGAAGGCAGGCGGAGGCACGAGAGCGAGGCUCCGCUUGCAUCGGAUCGCUCAGGAUGCAGGGGCUAACUAGUUAGCUGCAGAACAGAGAAAAGGCUCCUGUCUCUUUGUGAAUCGGCGGAGAUGAGAUAUUUCGAUGAACCUGCGCACGCAAAAUGUGAUUAUAGCACCUCGGAGGACUCGCUGGGUGGAGGUUCUGACGUCCUUACUGAAGCCCUUGCUCAGCCUACAGAUUAUCAAGGUCUGGAAUUGGGAGCUGACGACUCCCCACUCGGGCUGGAUAAAACGACUUGAAAAGGAAAUUGUCAAGAUGGCAGCUGCAUUCUGAAUGACUGUAUCCAUAUUAAGGGCACGUUCUCUGUCACUGAGUGUACCAUGCAUUUCAAAAUGAUCAUACUCAGGCUUAACGUUGAAGUGUUUUGAUUUAGGCUAGUUGUUUUUUCUGCUCUUGAGCCUUAUCAUAUUUUGUGAUACUUUGUCGCGUUAAAAACCCUCCAGCAUUGCAUCACUGCUGCUGAGUCGUCCAAAAGUAUUUCUGAGGAACGUAUUUAAAGUUAUUCUUGUGUGCGUUCGCUACCACUGAUGCUGGAGCAAUCAACUGGGCGGGCACGUGGAGUUAGCUAAACAUCAGGGCAUUGACACUGCACACCAAGGCUAGAAGCAUCCUAGACAGGUAACUAUACAAAUUAAGCUCAUUAAUGGAAUGCAACUGGAUAAGCUUCCAAUCUAGUUAUUUGAAUGAUCAAACUCUAGCUCAGAGAAGGCAAAGAGUGGGGAGAACAUGGCUGAGAUGUCAAACAAUGAACAUGGCAACACUUUGGACGUCAUGAUAGAUCCGGAUUUUGAGCCACAGAAAAGACCGAGGUCCUGUACGUGGCCUCUCCCGCGACCGGAGUCCGAUACAGGGAAACCCGAAUCGACCGAGAUUAUUCCCGAGGAGGAAGAUGACACCGUCACUGACAGUUGUGCGGGUCACAGUGCCAACGAUAUCUCGAGAGAAACGGACACUUCAGAGGGGGACCAUGCUACCCCUGUUGUGCGACUUAAGACCACUUCCAAGGACAAGGAACUCGAUGGCUUUCCAGUAUCCUCUCAGCCCUUGUCCACGGCAAGCAGUGAGACAAGUGUGAAUGGCUUGGUAGCCCAGCCAAGGAAGUCCUCUGCACGUAGAAAUGCCUGGGGCAAUUACUCGUACGCGGAUCUCAUCACUCAGGCUAUCGAGAGCUCGCCCGAGAAGCGGUUGACUUUGGCCCAAAUCUAUGAUUGGAUGGUCAGAUCAGUGGCGUAUUUCAAGGACAAAGGCGACAGCAACAGCUCCGCAGGCUGGAAGAACUCCAUCCGGCACAACCUGUCUCUGCACAGCAGGUUUGUGCGAGUCCAAAAUGAGGGAACCGGCAAGAGCUCCUGGUGGAUGGUCAACCCCGAGGGUGGCAAAGGUGGCAAAGCACCGCGACGGCGCGCCGUCUCCAUGGACAACGGCAACAAGUACACGAAGAGCGCCCGAGGCCGGGCCGCCAAGAAGAAGGCGGCGCUGCAGGCCGCCCAGGAGGGCGGAGCAGAUGCGACCGGGCUGGCCCGCUGGGCCGGGAGCCCCGCCUCGCGGAGCAGCGACGAGCUGGACGCCUGGACGGACUUCCGCUCGCGGACCAACUCCAACGCCAGCACCAUCAGCGGCAGGCUCUCGCCCAUCCUGGCCAACCCCGAGCUCGACGAGUGUGCCGAUGAGGACUCGCCGCUCUCGCCCAUGCUCUACUCCAGCCCCAGCAGCCUCUCCCCAUCAGCAGGGGGCCUCAGUGAGCUGCCGUGCCUCGCCGACCUCGCUGGCACCAUCAACCUGAACGACGGCCUGAUGAACGACCUUCUGGACGACAUCAGUCUGACUGCCACGCAGCAGCAGUCGCCGGGCGACCCAGAGGGCGGCGACGAGCACGACUCCGUGUUCACGUUCGGCUGCCCCUCGCCCAUGUUCGGCCCCACCCUGCGCCAGUCGCCCAUGCAGACCAUCCAGGAGAACAAGCAGGCGUCUUUCCCCAGCCUGUCGCCCUACGGCGGCCAGACCCUGCAGGAGCUGCUGGAGAGCGAUGCCCGUGACUGCAGCGAGAUCCUGCUGACGCACUCGGACCCGCUCAUCUCACAGGCCAGCACAGCUGUCACCUCGCAGAACUCCCGCCGCUGCGCCAUGCUGCUCCGCAACAACGACCCCAUGCUGUCCAACCAGCCGGGCGCUCCUGGCCUCAACGGCACACAGGGCUGGCGGGGCCUCAACGGAGACCCGGCGAAGCAGCAGCCUCACCAGCAACAGCAGCAGCAGCAGCUUCGCCCCUUGGCCCACCCCGGCACUGCCGACCCUUCCCUCCUGUCAGGCCUCAACGGCAGCCUAACCCCUCAGGACCGCUUCCAGGCAGACCUGGGACUGGAUGUUUUCAACGGUAGCCUGGACUGCGACAUGGACGCCAUCCUGCGCGGCGAGCUGAUGGAGGCCGACAGCCUGGAUCUCAGCUUUGACUCCGGCUCCAACGUGGUCUCCGCACAGAACAACGCCAACUUGAAUGCAGGCAGCUUCUCCAGGGCCAAGGGCUCCACGUCCCAGAGCUGGGUGCCAGGCUAAAGCCCUCCAAGCCAAGCGAAGCAGAUCUUUAAGUUGACAGGAGAACCAACUCCACGUCGUUUGCCAAACCAGCUAUCUGCUCCGUGAGGCCGAUGGCCUGUUUACUGAACAAAAUCCAGAGAAUGUUACCAUUGUCUUCACCCAGCAAAGACACUCUAAUAAUACAAAGGAUACUUGAAGAAGCUCUCACUGAGUUCCCAUGCCCAAACCGCAAGAGAAGUUGUAAUUAUGCAAUCAUGUUCUUUUACCAUUCCCUGGUCCAUUACACCAAAAUUACACACACAGGCACACAACAACAAACACACACACACACACACACACACACACACACACACACACACAUAAACACACACAAGAUUUUGUUAUGAAAAAGGAAAAAAAAGAAAACAAAAUGAAAUGAAAUGGUCAUCAUGAUGUACCCCUGACCUUCCUCACUGUACCGUGGAAAAAAACAAUUGUGACGUGUUUUGAUCUAUUUAGUGUUCUUAUCUAUGAAAUGUUAUAGUUUUAAUAACACCAUUCUCCCUCCUCCAUAUAUUAGGCUCUGAAGCAACCUUGUUGCAUUCCAUGUUAACAUUUCAAGAAACGCUCUUUUGGACUCCCAUGAAAAAAAUAUAUAUUUUUGCCCGCCCCCCCUGCUCCUUGCCCUCCCCAGUGUAUAGGGCUCCCUCCAAAAUGUAGUCAUUGAGGCCAGUGGUUCACAACCCUCGGUGGCUGUGUGUUCUCCUUUGUUCUCCCCGUGUCAUAGACUGUAGGCGUGCGAGUCUGAGAAACUCAUCUGAGGAGCUGUUUCCUGGAGCUCGCUACACAGAGAAAACAAACAGGGCAACAGCCAGGGUUGCUGAACGUUUGCGUUCAGGGUUACGAGGCAUUUUAUUUAAUAGUGUGAAGGUCUUUUUUUUUUCUUUAGUUUUUUUAAAAGAGAUUGUUAACCAUCUGAAGAUAGCCAUCAUGCAGUGUUAAUAACUCCAAUGAAAUGUGAUCUACAACUGCUUGCAAAGGUGCAUCUUGCCACUUGGGUCCUUCCUUCACCUUAUCUUUGUACACAAAGACACACAACAUAGACACAUGCACACGUGUUUGUGUCUGUAUUAUGACAGGUGCUAAACAGUGUUUUCAAUCCACCAUGCAGUAUAUAGUAAGACUUUGCAUGGGUAUGACAUGUCGGAUGGGCCGUGCACUGAAUAAACACCCACUACAGUGUCUUGUACUGUAUGUUGCCAAAUGUUAUGACCGUGCGAGGCAACCAAAUCACGCAAGCCUGUAAGGCUGUAGCAGAAAUGUCACAUAAUGUAUUACAAACAUCCUUUGGAACUCCAGGUACACUCAGUGGUGUAAAAUACUUCCUUUGGAGCAUCACUUUGAGAGCAAAACCUUAAGAAUAAUUAUUAAAAUAUAUCAUCUACUUCAGCAUUAUUAUUUUGAACAAAGAAUGAAAGCAGUCACCUGCAGACAGUAGUGGCCCUCAGUUGCCAACAUUUUGAACAAGCACUCUCCAAGCUUAACUCCCCAAAAUGUUUUUAUCACGGGCUCCUUUCUCUUCUUGUUUAUUUUAACCUCCUCCUCCCAAUCCCAUCAGCCAUUUUGCCAGCCCAUUCCAUGCUUCUUGUCUGUGUGCAGUACAGUUUGUACCAUAUGUCCUGGCUGACAUGCGAUAUGAGAAAUAAAAAGUCAGGAAGCUCCUUGUUAUGAGUCACAUUCAUGCCUAGAGCCAUGACUGUCCAUGUUCGAUCUUUCUCACUGAUGUAGGUUAGUGUGAAUCAUUUGUGACCCCCCCCCCCCCCUCCCUACUAUAAAUGGUCUUGUAGUCUGCCCCAGACUGGCAUGUAAAUAAAGUUUGGCUGAGCAUUCAGGAAGUCUAACAGACUAUGCCAUA